AUGUCUCAUUCAUCUGUUUAUCAAACUUCUGGUAAACCAUUAUCAAAAGAAGCAAUAUAUCAUCAAAGAUUAAAACAAGGUUAUUUUCAAUCACCAAGUGGAACAAUAGUUGGUGUCAACAGUAAUGCUUCAGAUACUGCUGCUUUAUUAGCUGCAUCGUCUGAUUUAUCAGUUAAACCUAGUUAUGAACGUUCAAUUGCUCCUGAAGCUCAAACUGCAGCAUUAGCAGCUAAAAAACAAGAAUUAAAAGAUUUAGAAUCAAUAAACUCACAAAGAGCUCAAUCAUUGUCAAGUCAAUAUACUUCAAAUGGUACUCCAUAUACUACUGUAAGAGUUGGUAUCCCUUCAGCUUUAGAUCAAGGUUCAAUUUAUAAAGCUGCAAAGGAAAAAACUAGUAGUACAAUGACUUCAAGAAUCGAUCCAAUAAGAGAUGUUAAAAGAUCAGGUAUUCCAUCCAAACAAGGAGGUUCAACAUUAAAUAUUGAUAAAAUUAAUAAAUUAGCAACCAAAAAUUCCUCAAAAUCUUUAAAUUCGAGAUUUAAUCCAGAUUUAGAUUAUAGAUCUGGUAUUAAAAAGCCAAUUAAACCAACUGAAUUCUUGGAUGAAGGUGAAGAGGAAUUAGCAGCUUCAGGUGCUGCUGCAUCAUUAAAAUCAACUCCAACUGUUCCAGAUUAUGCUACUCAGACAAGAUCAAGUACUUUCAAAGCUCAUGAAAUUGUCAAUUCUCAAUUAUUAGCUGCUGCUGCUGCAAAAGCUGAUGCUCGUUUAAAAUCAUUAAAUAGUAAUACUCCUGCAUCAUUAAAACAACAAGCUCAAUUAUAUGCCAAUGCUUUGGCUCUUGCUCAAAAAAACAGUGAUGAAAGAUCUAAAAAUAGAGUUGCUGGAGUUAUUAAUUUAGGUGGUGGAUUAACUAUAACUCAAGCUGAAUUAAAUAAGUUAGCUUCAACUUAUGUUCAACCAGUUAUUGAUGAUAUUGAAAAUAAAGCAGAAACUAAAAGACAAAUUGAUCAAUCAAGAAAACAAAGAAAAUUAGAAUUAAAAGCAGCUCAUGAAAAAGCUAAACAAGAAGAAUAUGCAGCAAAAUUAAAAGAAAAACAAGAUAUUGAAAAGGCAAAAGAAGAAAGAGUUAAAGAGAAUGAAGAAUUGAAAAAAGCAGAAGAUGCAAAAUUAGUUGCUCAUGAAAAAGAGGAAAAUUCAAAAGUUGAAGCUCAACAAAAGGAAUUUAAAGUAUUAGAAGAAAAACAUGCUGAGGAAAAGAAAGAACUUUUAAAACAGAAAAAAGAAAACCAAGACGAAAUUGAUGAAGAAGAAACUAAAUUAAAAGAUGAGAGAAAGAAAGAAUUAAAAGAAUUACAAGAUGAAAAAGAUGAAAUUUUAAAACCUGUAUUAGCUGAAUUAACUGAAGAAAAUUCAAAAUUAAAAGAAGUUACUGAUGCAAGAGAUGAAUUAUCUAAAGAAGUUAAAGCAGCAGAAGAUCAAAAAUCAGAAUAUGAUUCAAAAGUUGCAAAAUUACAAAAAGAAAUUGAAGAAACUAAAGCAAGUAUUGAAAAGUAUGAAACUGAUUUAGAAGAAGCAAUUACAAAACAUGAAACAACCGAUAAAGAAUUAUCUGAAUUAAAAACAAAACAUGAUGAAACUAAAACUAAGAAUGAACAAUUACAUAAAGAAUUAGAUUCAGAAAUUUCAAAAUUGGAAAAAGAAAAGAAAGAUAAAACUGAAGAAAAAGCUACCAAGAAGAAAGAAAUCUUAACUGGUUUAGAUCAAAAAUAUAAAGAUGAACAAAAAAUUAAUGAUGAAUUACCACCUCAUUUAAAACGUGAAUUAAAUGAAAGUAAAAUUAAAGAUACAAGUUCAAUAUUUUCAGUUGAAGAACCAGAAAAACCAAAAACCACUACUGGUGUUGGUGCUGCCACUAAAACUGCUGCUGCUACUACUGGUGCUACUUCAUCAAAAGAUAAAUCCACUACUGCUUCAGCUCCAAAAACAAAUGGCGAUUCAAAAAUAAAAUCAGUUCCAUUAAUUCCAACAGAAAAAGAAACACCAAAAAAAGAAUCAGUUUCAAAACCAACAACUAAAAAAGAAUCAGUAUCAAAACCAACCACCAAGAAGGAAACAACAAUAGCUUCACCAAAACCACAAAAGAAAGAAGCUACAACCACUAAACCAACAACCGCUACUAAAGCUGGUGAAUCAAGUGGUACUAAAAGACCAGUAACUCCUUCAGCUCAAACAUCACCAUCAAAAAAAGAUAAGAAAUCCUUUUCAAAAAGAUUUAGUGAUUUUUUCAAAGAUCAAUCAAAAGUUCCACAACAACAAACUCCAAAAUCUCCAAGUAAAACAACUGGUGCUACAACUACUGGUGCUGCAGCAACAAAAACUACUGCUAAACCAACAACCACUACCAAAAAAGUAGAAGAACCAAAAACUCCUUCAAAAACUACUGCUAAACCAACAACCACUACCAAAAAAGUAGGAGAACCAAAAACUCCUUCAAAAAAAGUAGAAGAACCUAAAAAAUCCACAACUACCACCACUCCGAAAACUACUGAAACAAAACCAAAAACAACUACUGCCACCACUUCAUCAAAACAACCAGCAGCUAAAGAUGCAGAAAAAGAAGCAAAAUCAAGUUCAAAUAAUAAUAACAACACCGUAUCAGAAGAUGGAGAAUUUGGAGAAUUUGAUUAUGAUGAAUUAUCAUUAAAGAAUAGAAAUCAAGGUGGUGUAUUUAAAGAAGAAAUUUUAUAA